AUGGCGAAUGCGGCGUUCUCCUUGUCGACAACAAAUCCCACAAUCUCCUUUGACGGACAGGGAGGGCAGCUAAGAAGGGAGAACAAUCUGGAAUCCCCAAAGGGUAAUAAUCCAGUAUAUGAGGAGUCCAACGUAUUUGAAGAUAUCAAAGAAAGACAACAAACACACGAGGGGAACGAGCAACACAUCGUCUGCGAGAAAUGUCAGCGCCAUAUCAUGGAUCAUGAUCGAGUUCGGGAUCAGGAGGCCAAUCAUCAUACCCAUUACCACCACCAGGGCUCCAAAAUCGUCACUUGGGACGGACCCAACGACCCAUCUCGACCCAUGAACAUGUCUCAACCGCGGAAAUGGCUUAUCGCCCUCACGACAGGCGGCGCAACAUUCAGCGUCUCAUUUGCUUCCUCGGUAUUCUCAACGACCGUCUUCGUCGCUGCCGAAGAAUACCACGUCUCCUCCGAAGUCAUGCUUCUUGGCGUCUCCUUGUUUGUACUCGGCUUCGCAUUCGGGCCGCUCAUCUUCGGCCCAUUGUCUGAAGUAUACGGACGCAUGCGGCCACUUAUGACGGGCAUGGUUUUUGGCUGCGCCUUCACUCGGGCUCUGUUUGCGGCGGGUUUCCCACUGUUCUCGACAUACAUGUACGAGAACCUCGGUGUCGACUGGGCAACCAGCGUGUUGGGAUUUGUUUGUCUUGCCUUGAUACCUUUCCCCCUGAUAUUAUUUCGGUACGGCAAGAGGAUUCGGGGAUGGAGACGUUUCGCCUAUGACUGA